CUCCCAGUCGCCGCCGAAUGAAAGCUGCCUGAGUUUGGUCUUAAACGAACAUUGAGAGUCCCGAGACGCACGGGAGAGGACUGGAAAGUACUUUACUACAAACUCAGGCAGGAAGAGUAAUUGCAACUUUCUGCUGUACAGGCAGCUCUCUGCUCCCGUGCAGAAUUUCCAAACAUGGAUUAUUGGCGCAACUCCGGACCGGGUUGACGUGGUCACGUGAAGAACAGGUGGAUCCGUUUGUACGCUCCACUCUGCGUCCACCUCCUUUCACCUUUAUGGGGAACCAGGUGGAGAAACUCACUCAUUUAAAUUACGUGGAGGUGCCCACGUCGGACCCGAACGGCUUCGAACCAGAAGUCGACGACGGACCGCGCAUCGGUGUCUCUUACAUUUUCUCCAACGACGGCGGCGAUGAUGACGACGACGAGGACGACAGUUCGGAGCCGUACCCGUCGGAGAACCACCUCGCGAAGCACGAAGAAAAGCCUUUCGAACCCGAGGACGAGCUGGAGUGUUCGGUUUACUUUCGAGAGGAGUGCUUGUUCGAGAGGAACACCGGAACCCCCACUCAUUCGGCGGAGAGUCUGCUCAACAAGUGCAGACCCGGAGACGUGCUGGAGUUCGUGGCCACGGGACAAUACCCGCACUGGGCCGUGUACGUGGGCGACUUCCAGGUGGUUCACUUGCAUCGGGCCGAAAUCAAGAACGGCUUCCUCACCGACGUGAGUCAGGGCAAAAGAGGCCGCAUUGUGAACAGCCUCUACCGAUACCGUGCGCUCCAGCCGCAAGUGAUCGUGCGCAACGCCGUGGACCACGUGGGCUCCAGAGACCGAGAACUCUACUGGAGGAACUCUGAGUGCUUUGCGGCUUGGUGUCGCUUCGGACGGCGAGAGUUUAAAAUCGGGGGGGAGAUCAGAAUCGGAAAACAGCCGUACCGCUUAAAAAUGCACUUUCCGGACAGGAAGAGCCACGUCCUGGAAUUCCAGAGCCUGGAGGACGUGAUCAUGGAGCGGAGGAGAAAUGACCAAAUCGGAAGGGAUGCUGUGAUUCAAGAACUGGCCAAUCACCUGAACGCAGCGCAGGCAUUUCAAGAGGACCCGAUAGGCAACAAAGCUGUUUAAUUGCCUUAGGGCGAAGAGGGACUGAAUUCUAUUGGUUUAAACGCAACUGUACAGACAGGUGGAGUGACACUUGUUUACAUUCAGUUGUGUUGAAGCCAAUUAUUAUAAUAAUCAUUUUUUAAAAAUACUAUUUUGUCAACUUCUGCCAUAUAGUGUCUAUAUUUUUUUGUAACUUUUUUUUUUACUAUGUUUUUGGAUACAGAGUAAGUGACAAAAAAGACAAAGGAAAAAUAAAAGCAAAUGCCUACGGAGGUACAGCGUUGAUAUAUCAUAAAGAACAUUUUGCAAGGCCGCACAUGAGACAGAGUCAGUUUUCUUGACUAAAUAAACAUUAUUUUCACCAGUUUUUCAUUCUUCUUUCAAUUGUUUUGGAGGCAUAGUAACUAAGUUGUGUGCUCCAGUUUCUGUGGAGCAAGUGUUUUGUGAUUGCCGUCAGUUGAAUCCAACAUUAUAGAAUUGUGUAGAACAAAUUAACACGAAAUAUCGGAUUUAUUUUUUUCACUUUAUCGAGCGGAAAGAGUUCAUUCCUGUGCAACUUUGUGGUUUGAGCCCACAGAGGUGCGACGACACCCAAAUGUUUUCCUUAUUGUCCGACCUGCUUCUAUCCAAUCAUGACACAAUUGUUUUUGGGCUCCUAUUUCGACAAUGUUUGCAGCCGUUACCAGGCACUUUUAUUGAUUCAUCUGUUUAUUUUUUUUGAAAGUAAAGAUGUUUGUAUGAAGAAAUCUGGAAAUAAAUAUAUCUUUGACCAAUA